CAGUCAAUUCGCAAUCAUGGCAUUGGCAGGCAACAACGCAAACGCAAAUGUACGGUUACCUCCCGAAGUCAAUCGAGUCCUCUUUGUCAGAAAUCUACCCUUUAAGAUAACGUCAGAAGAGAUGUACGAUGUAUUUGGAAAAUAUGGUGCUAUUCGCCAGAUUCGAAUUGGAACGGCGAACGAUACUAGAGGAACAGCAUUUGUGGUAUAUGAGGACAUUUUCGAUGCAAAGACAGCUUGUGACCAUUUGCAAGGUUUCAACAUCCUUGGUCGAUACUUGAUUGUACUUUACUACCAACCAAAUAAGGUCACGAAGAAAGCCAACCUGCAAAAGAGAGAAGCAGAAUUGCAGGAGCUCAAAAGCAAAUACGGUGUAUCAGAUAAUGAAUGAUAGAUCUGUGAUAUUUUUUUCCCCUUCCCUUCCAUAAUGUAGCAUCGCGCGACAAGGUGCAACCUGUAACAUAACAAGUUUUUUUUUUUUUUUUCAAACUCAUAAAUUACUCCUUGUACACGACCCCAUUUACU